GUUUUUUUUUUUUCCUCUCUUCCUCGUCGUCGUCCUGCACGGCUUAAUGAUGGAGAGGAUAAGAAAAGAGAUGAUAUUGAUGGAGAGAGGUCUGCACAGUCCCGUCGCAGGGAAGAGGCUCGCAGACACGCCUGGAAAUUCAGUGCUGGAGGCCCUGGAAAACUCUCAGCACAGCGGACGGCUCAGCCCGAGAAUAACUUCGGCUUCCCUCCAUGGAAAUCUUGGGGACAUCCCGACGAAAGGCAAAUUCGAAAUUGACAGUCUUUUCGGCUCGCACCACGGCAGCGAAAACACCUCGUCGGCGGAGAUUUCCUCGUCAGAGAGCAGGAAGAAAAUGAGCCUUUACUCCGAAGUUUCGCCAGAUUCAGAUAUCAACAGUGAUGUGGAGGUGGGCUGCCCCUCGCAUCGCUCCCCGAGCCAACACAAGGAAAACAACAAAGGUGAGGGUUUUAUUUCCAACCCUUCGUGUUUAUCUCACUCUGGCUCCUCGGGCUCAAACUCCCUCGCGAAUAUGAACGGCAAUGGCACGGGAGGCUCCAACAAUUCCAACAGCGACCAAGUGAGGAGGUACCGGACCGCGUUCACCCGGGAGCAGAUCGGCCGGCUGGAGAAGGAGUUUUACCGAGAAAAUUACGUCUCCAGACCGAGGAGAUGUGAAUUAGCCGCAGCGCUCAAUCUGCCCGAGACUACGAUUAAGGUGUGGUUCCAGAACAGGCGGAUGAAGGAUAAAAGGCAGCGCUUGGCGAUGUCCUGGCCCCAUCCGGCAGACCCCAGCUUCUACACUUACAUGAUGACGCAUGCGGCAGCUACAGGAAGUCUACCUUACCCUUUCCACUCGCACAUGCCUCUACACUACUACCCGCACGUCGGUGUCACGGCAGCAGCAGCGGCCGCCGCCGCCUCCGGCGCCGCCUCGUCACCUUUCGCCACCUCCAUCCGGCCCCUCGAUACCUUCCGGGCGCUCUCACACCCCUACUCGCGGCCGGAGCUCCUGUGCAGCUUCAGGCACCCGGGACUCUACCAGUCACCCGCAGGCCUGAACACUUCAGCGGCGGCAUCGGCGGCGGCGGCGGCUGCGGCCGCGGCGGCGGCGGUCAGCGCCCCGUCAGCCACCGGGCCAUGUUCGUGUCUGAGCUGCCACAGCAGCCAGGCGGCCAGCGCGCUGGGCUCCAGGAGCGCCAGCGCUGACUUUACCUGCACAGCCUCGGGGCAAAGAUCCGAGAGUGGAUUUCUGCCGUAUUCUGCCGCAGUUCUCAGCAAGACCUCAGUCCCGUCACCAGACCAACGAGAAGAAACCUCACUUAACAGAUAA